UGACACAAAUUCUUUCGAACGAGUUUGUCGUUUGAGAUAGUCUUGCUGAAUUUUGUCGCUGCCUCAGACUUGAUACUAAUUGUUUACAAACAAUUUUUCCAGUCUUAUUUUCUUCGAUAUUCAAAUUUAUUUAAAAUCAAUUUUUUUCAUUAGUUUACAUACUUUUUAAUUUGCGCAUGCUUUUUAUUUUAAAUUGUAACUUUUUUCCGAAAAUUAUCUGUGCGUUGUUAUUUGCUUGUUAAAGUGUUUUUUUAGGAGACUGACUUUCACCUGGACUUUUUCUACAUAAGGAUGGCAGCGGAGAACUCCAAACGCUUCAAUUUCAGACAUGAGGAAAAUUCACGCAAAACAUCAAUGGAAGAAGCAUGGGAAGAUGCAGUGCAUCACAUAAAGAUGAAGAAGGACAAAGUUGGUUGUGAAGUCAGACAGAUAAACGACAUUAUUGGAAAAGGAGUCUUUGCUGUAAAGGAUUUUAAAGAAGGAGAAUUUGUCCUUGAGUAUGAUGGCGAAUACAUAACCAGGGAAGAUGGCAAAAAAAGAGAGGAAACUUACCCACUAUCAUUGGGAAGUUACAUUUUCUUCUUUUUAAAAAUGUGUAUUGAUGCUACAUUUUCUACAAGGAUUGGGAGGUAUGUUAAUGAUUCACCAAGCGCUGAUCCUAAUUGCAACACUGAAAUGUUGCGGAUACAGAUGGAGGAUCGUCAUCACUUGGUUCUCUUUGCAAAGCGAUAUAUACAUGCAGGAGAAGAAAUCAGAUAUGAUUAUGGUGUUACAGGCUUAUCUUGGAGAAAGGUGCCUAAAGAACAAGGAAAAACAGCAAAAAAGAUAAAGGAAACUGAUCAGGUGAAAGAUUGUUUUGUGAGAUUGACAAGGCUUCCAGUAUUACAGCUGACCAAACUUGAAAGCAAAAAUAAGGGAGUUGAGGAGUGUACUUCAAAGCAGGCAAGAGUGUAUGGACCAGAAUUUGCAGUUGAGUCUGUGUCUGUUGUUGAAAUUGGGAUUGCUACACCUUUGGAGGAACCAAUUCGAGACUGUGCAGUUGAGUCCAUGGUUGAAAUGGUUGAAGAGCAGAUUAAUAGAUCAGGAAUACAAAUGAGUAAACAGGAAGAUGAAACAAGGAGUAUGGUUGCUGUGAUGGGACAUUUUCACCAAUGCACACCACAACAAUUUAGACAUGCAGCUGCUGGCACUCAAUGUACUAGCAUUUGCAUUACAGCUAUUGUAGCAGCCGCUUUAAGAGCUGUAAAGGACUGGACCUCAGAUUUCAUAGAUGAAGUUCUUGUUGGAGGUGAUCAACUUCAUUUAGAUAUUCUUCAGAAGAAAGGCUGGCCAUUCAACAGAUAUGAAUCAAUGCUCGAUAUUGAUGAAAUACCAGAUACAAUUCAGUGUCAAAUUGGCAUAAAUGGUAUCAAAGCAAGUAUAGGAGUUCUUGAAGAAGGUUCAUUUGGAUAUUCUUCAUAUAUUGACACUCUGAUAACUUCUGCUUUGGUUAACAAACCAAACCAAAGCUUUAUUCUCCGAAUGUUUGGCUCAAGCAUAGCAAUCUUAUGCACUGGGCAUCAAAAGUAUUCCAUUUUUGACCCACAUGCACGAAACCAAAAUGGUGAUGUUGAUGCAAAUGGAUAUGCAGGUCUUUUUCAUUUUAGAGAUUCCUCAGAGAUGGUAGCUUAUCUCAAAGAAAUCUCUUCAGGCAGGAAUGAACAAAUUGAUAUUUACCCAAUUUUAGUAAAUAUAUUAUGGAGAACUCCCAUAAAUCAUACUGAAGACUCCUUUGUUCCUGAGGUCACAUGCUCUGCAACAACAGACAUGCAUGAUGGGGUACAGGAAACCUCAUAUAAGUCAUUGAACAUUCCAUCUCCAAAGGCUUGCUCAGCAGGAGAAACUAUCCAUGAUUCUGAAAUUCCUGCUCCAAUAACACCUUUGCAGGAAGUGAACAUUCCAUCUCCAAAGGCUUGCUCAGCAGGAGGAACUAUCCAUGAUUCUGAAAUUCCUGCUCCAAUAACACCUUUGCAGGAAGGGAACAUUCCAUCUCCAAAGGCUUGCUCACCAGGAGAAAGUAUCCAUGAUUCUGAAAUUCCUUCUCCAAUGACACCUUUGCAGAAAGAAACAGCUAAAAGAAACUCUGCCAAGCUCAAAAGACCUUGUCCUUUCUGUGGUGAGAUGAAAGGACGACUAACAGAUCAUCUGAAAGCAAAGCAUAAAAAUGAAGAACAAGUUAAAAAUGCAUUACAAUUACCUAAAUACUUGAGGGAUAGAGCAUUUGAUGAAAUGAAAAAAGAGGGCAUUUUUAAAGCUAACACUGAAAUGAUAAAAAGUGGGGAUUUUGAUGUAUCAAAACUUAUAAGGGAAAGAAAUCAGGGUGAUCCAUCUUCAUUGAAAAUGUGCUCAGUGUGUAAAGGUUUUUUCAAUGCUAAAGUCAUAUAUAAGCACAAAAGAACAUGUGUGGCAGCUGAAGGUUCAACAGCUUCACCAUCAUCACUCUCUGUGAGAUUCUUGGCUGAGGAUGAUAAAUAUUCUAAAGAAUAUACACAAGAGAUUUUGGAGAGCUUUAGAGAUACUGACUAUGGAUCAUUAAUACGAAAGGAUGAUUUUAUCAAAAGAUAUGGCUUUCAUUUGUAUCAAAAUAUUCAAGGGACUUUAAAGAAAGUGGAGAAAAGAUUAUCUCUGAAUUCAAAGUUGAGAAGAUUGGCUCAUCUUUUCUUGGCAUUUAAAAAGAUGUUUGAAGAAAAAAGAAAGAGACAGGUUAAAGACUGCAGUGAGAUGUUUAGUCGAAAGCAUAUUAUGGAGCUACAAGAUGCAGUACUGGAUAUGACUGUGAACAAAAAAACCAAAAAAGUAAAACAUUCAUUGAAAGUAAAUCUUAAGUACCUUUUGAAUGAUGUUUGUGAAGUAAUGCAAGCUAGUUAUUUGAUUGAAGGGGAAGAUGAUUUGGCAGAAGAAUUGGGAAAAUUUGUUGUGAUCUCUCGAAGACUUUGGUCUUCAUUUUACAAAAAUGCAGAGCAGAACCUUAAAAUACAACGUGAGGCUGAAUUAAGAGCACCUAUAAACCUUCCUGUUAGACAGGAUCUUUAUAAGGUCAGGGAGUACACCAAGCAGUUAAUAACAAAAUUAUCUGGUGAUGGAUAUUCUUUGUAUGAAAAUGCAGAGUUCUGCAAACUGAGAGAUGCACUUGUUUGCAGACUUACAAUAUUUAAUGGACGUAGAGGAGGAGAACCAAGCAGGAUGCUCUUAUCCGAGUUAACUGAUGCUAUGAAUGACAAAUGGAUUGAUCAGUACAAGAGAGAAAAUUUGCAGUUUGAAAUUGAAAGAGAACGUUUUGGUGAAACAAAAAUCGCAUACAUCCAUGCCUCCAAAGUUGCAAGACUUGUACCUGUUAUUAUCCCUAAAGAUUGUUGGAAGGCACUUGAUAUCAUAACAGAUGACGAAGUUAGACGAACUGCAGGAGUCAAUCAAAGAAAUGAGUUUGUAUUUCCAAAUACAAAAACUUCUAUGAGUCAUGUGAUAGGAUGGGAUUGUAUACACAGAAUGUGUCGAGAGGCAGGACUUCAACGCAACUUUAAUGCAACAGGAAUGCGCCACUUUCUUGCAACAGAGUAUGCUGCAUUGAAUGUUGACCCAAGUGAUCGAGAGAUAUUCUACAAACAUAUGGGACACUCUGAAAAAAUCAAUGAAAAUAUUUAUCAAUGCCCUCCAGCAUUGAGGGAAAUUACACAUGUUGGACGUGUUCUUCAACAAGUGGAUAUGAUGGACGAUUGUGGAGGUACUUUAAAUUUGCAGAAUCAAAAUUUCACUGAUGUUGAUCUUGAUGCUUUAGAAGAAUUUAUAGGCCUGGUAGCAGAGGACAUUCCAUUUUGUCAACUGUUGGAUUUGUCAAGGCAAAUUCAAGAGGAGGAUGUAACUGUGCAGCCAGAAACAUUGAGGCAGAGCAAAAGUCUACUUAUGAAUAAAAAAUUACAAAACUAUGCCAGACAGUUCUUUACAGAAGAUGCAUGGCUGGCUGUAAAGACUACUUUGCAAUUUCUUGGAGGACUGAAAGGAGAUAUUGAGAUUGAUACUUCAGUAGAAGAGGUACCAGGGCCUAGUAAACGGAAAAUACCAAGAGUGGUCACAUCUGAAAUUGAAGACAUUGCACUAAGUGGGGGAGAAUCUGAAAAUGUGGCUGAUUUACAGGGGGAAAGUGAAGAUGACAUGUUUGAUGAUCUAGAAUUAGAGAACGAAGAAACUGAAUCAUUGACAGCAGUUAAAAAAACACGGCAUAUGUGGCUUCCAGAAGAAGAUGAGGCAAUACGACACUUUUUCAAAAAUGAAAUCAAUGAUGUUUCCAGGAAAGGGAAUCAAGGAACUCUACAAGUGUGCAAAAAAAUACAUACAUUCAUUUCUAAGAAUCCAGUCGUUUUGAAAGACUAUGACUACAAAGAAAAAGUGAAAAAGAUCCGCAUCAAAGUGAUUAAUCUUAGAAGGCAGAACAGGCAGAGAUACUUCAAAUACAUGGACAAGAUACAACAUAAUUAAAUGCAUGGGACAAAACCAGAUUGCGCUUUCAAAUUGAUGAUUCUCAACUGAAAGAUAAUGAUGUACAACUGUUGUGAUCUGUGAAUACUUGUUGAAUCAUUCUGCUUGCUGUUUGAAAGAGAAGGCCCUUUGCAACAGAGAGUGGAACUUUCGCCAACCCACAAUCUGGAGGCUUUGAGGUCAUUUGAAGGACACAUCAUUUCCCGCAACCCAUGAAAUGAUGUACAACUGUUGUGCUCUGUGAAUACUUGUUGAAUCAUCCUGCUUGCCUGUUUGAGAAAGAAGGCCCUUUGCAACAGAGAGUGGAACUUUCGCCAACCCACAAUCUGGAGGCUUUGAGGUCAUUUGAAGGACACAUCAUUUCCCACAACCCAUGAAAUGAUGUACAACUGUUGUGCUCUGUGAAAACUUGUUGAAUCAUCCUGCUUGCCUGUUUGAGAAAGAAGUCCCUUUGCAACAGAGAGUGGAACUUUCGCCAACCCACAAUCUGGAGGCUUUGAGGUCAUUUGAAGGACACAUCAUUUCCCGCAGUAAGAAUUUCUUUUUUUGGAGGAGUUUAGUUUAUAUUUAAUGUCCAUUUAUAAAAAGGUUAUAGUUUUUUAAGUUUAUUGUAAUGUGUUUUGUUUUUCCAGACUCAUGAAAUGAUGUACAACUGUUGUGAUCUGUGAAUACUUGUUGAAUCACUCUGAUUGCCUGUUUGAAAGAGAAGGCCCUUUGCAACAGAGAGUGGAACUUUCGCCAACCCACAAUCUGGAGGCUUUGAGGUCAUUUGAAGGACACAUCAUUUCCCGCA